AUGCCGGAGAAGCGGCCGUUCGAGCGGCUGCCCGCCGACGUGUCCCCCCUCAACUACGGGCUCUGCCUCAAGCCGGACCUCAUCGACUUCACCUUCGAGGGAAAGCUGGAGGCCGCCGUGCAGGUGAAAAAUGCAACCAACCAAAUCGUGAUGAACUGCGCCGACAUCGACAUCAUCACGGCUUCCUACGCGCCGGAAGGGGACGAAGAGGUUCACGCCACGGGGUUCAACUACCAAAACGAGGAUGAAAAGGUUACUCUCUCCUUUCCCAGUACCCUGCAGAAAGGGACAGGGACACUAAAGAUAGACUUUGUAGGGGAGCUGAAUGAUAAAAUGAAAGGGUUUUACCGGAGUAAAUACACCACCCCCACCGGAGACACCCGCUACGCUGCUGUCACUCAGUUCGAGGCUACUGAUGCUCGCAGAGCUUUCCCUUGCUGGGAUGAACCUGCUAUUAAGGCAACAUUUGAUAUUUCUUUGGUGGUUCCUAAGGACAGAGUAGCUUUGUCAAAUAUGAACGUGGUGGACAGGAAGCCCUACCCGGACGACGAGAACCUGGUGGAGGUGAAGUUCGCCAGGACCCCGGUGAUGUCCACGUACCUGGUGGCCUUCGUGGUGGGCGAGUACGACUUCGUGGAGGCGCGAUCCCAGGACGGGGUCCUGGUCCGGGUCUACACCCCCGUGGGCAAAGCGGAGCAAGGAAAGUUUGCCUUGGAGGUUGCUGCUAAAACUCUGCCUUUUUAUAAGGACUACUUCAAUGUUCCUUACCCUCUUCCUAAAAUUGAUCUCAUAGCUAUUGCAGACUUUGCUGCUGGUGCCAUGGAGAACUGGGGCCUUGUUACUUAUAGGGAGACAGCUCUGCUCAUUGACCCCAAAAACUCCUGUUCUUCAUCUCGCCAGUGGGUUGCUCUGGUUGUGGGACAUGAACUGGCUCAUCAGUGGUUUGGAAACCUUGUGACCAUGGAAUGGUGGACCCACCUGUGGCUGAAUGAGGGCUUUGCCUCGUGGAUUGAGUACCUGUGUGUGGAUCACUGCUUCCCAGAGUACGACAUCUGGACCCAGUUUGUCUCUGCCGACUACACACGGGCCCAGGAGCUCGAUGCCUUAGACAACAGCCACCCCAUUGAAGUCAGUGUGGGCCAUCCCUCCGAGGUGGAUGAAAUAUUUGAUGCCAUUUCCUACAGCAAGGGAGCCUCCGUGAUCCGGAUGCUGCACGACUACAUCGGGGAUGAGGAUUUCCGGAAAGGCAUGAAUUUGUACCUGACCAAGUUCCAGCAGAAAAACGCUGCCACAGAGGAUCUCUGGGAAAGCCUGGAAAAAGCCAGUGGCAAACCCAUUGCUGCUGUGAUGAACACGUGGACCAAACAAAUGGGAUUCCCACUCAUUUACGUGGAAGCUGAGCAGCAAGAAGAUGACAGAGUGUUGAAGUUAGUGCAGAAGAAGUUCUGUGCCAGUGGACCAUAUACUGGGGAGGAUUUCCCCAUGUGGAUGGUGCCCAUAAGUAUUUGCACAAGUGAUGACCCCACCUGUGCCAAAAUGCAGAUCCUGAUGGACAAACCAGAGCUCACUGUGGUUUUGAAAGACACCAAACCAGAGCAGUGGGUGAAGCUGAACCUGGGCACGGUGGGGUUCUACCGCACCCAGUACAGCCCGGCCAUGCUGGAGGCUCUGCUCCCGGCCAUCAGGGACCUCUCCCUGCCCCCCGUGGACAGGCUGGGCCUGCAGAACGAUCUCUUCUCGCUGGCCCGAGCUGGGAUCAUCAGCACCGUGGAGGUUCUCAAAGUGAUGGAAGCUUUUGUGAACGAGCCCAACUACACGGUGUGGAGCGACCUGAGCUGCAACCUGGGCAUCCUGUCCACGCUCCUGUCCCACACCGACUUCCACGAGGACAUCCAGGCCUUCGUCAGGGACGUCUUCUCCCCCAUCGGGGACAGGCUGGGCUGGGACCCCCGGCCUGGGGAGGGUCACCUAGAUGCCCUUCUGAGGGGUCUGGUCUUGGGAAAACUGGGAAAAGCUGGGCACAAGGCAACGUUAGAAGAGGCCCGACGCCGGUUUAAGGACCACGUGGAAGGAAAACACAUCCUGUCAGCUGACCUGAGGAGUCCUGUCUAUGUGACGGUGCUGAAGCACGGGGACAGCUCCACUUUGGACACCAUGCUGAAGCUCCACAAGCAGGCAGACAUGCAGGAGGAGAAGAACAGAAUUGAACGUGUUCUUGGAGCCAUCUCUCAGCCAGAACUGAUUCAAAAAGUUCUCACCUUUGCACUUUCAGAAGAGGUACGUCCCCAGGACACGGUGUCGGUGAUCGGAGGAGUUGCUGGAGGCAGCAAGCAGGGCAGGAAAGCUGCUUGGAAAUUUGUAAGGGACAACUGGGAGGAACUUUAUAACCGAUACCAAGGGGGAUUCUUAAUAUCCAGACUAAUAAAGCUCACAGUGGAUGGAUUUGCAAAUGACAAAAUGGCUGCAGAAGUGAAGGCCUUCUUCGAGAGCCACCCCGCGCCGUCGGCGGAGCGCACGGUGCAGCAGUGCUGCGAGAACAUCCUGCUCAACGCGGCCUGGCUCAAGCGGGACGCCGACAACAUCCACCACUUCCUGGCCCAGCGCAGGGGCCCCCCGGCCACCGUCCCUCAGGUUGGGGAUUGGACCGUGAAUGUAGAGUUUUAACUGGUUCCUCCUGCUCACACACUCCAGAUUUGGAAAAAAACAAACAAACAAACAAACAAACAAAAAAAUUCUGUUAAAAUUAUCGGCAAAUCCAGCGAAAAAGAGAAAGAGAGAAAACAAAACAAAACAAAACAAAACGAACCCGAAAGAAAUCUGUAAAUAUGAUAGUAAUAAAAUAGAGCAUAACAAAACUGUGAAACUUCCUCAAGCCUUGUCAGUGGUUAAAAUAUUUAACACCCCCCUCCCCUCCUGACACUCUUAUUGACAGAUGUUCUGUUUUUUACACCCUCCCCCACCCCCGAAGAAAGAAAGAAAAGGCAACCAGUGGUUUCUAGCUCAGUGGAGAGGCUGGGGCAGGAAGGGGUUAAAGCCUCAGCUGGUGUGGAGCAGGUCCCUGGGGAAGGCAGGUAGUGGUAUAACACAGUCUGUGCAUCCUCCCCAGGGCAAGGAUUUGGGGAGAUGUUCCUGCAAACCCCCCACCCCAUGGACUGUAGGUUCCCUCCUCCCUUUUGUGUCACCUCUCAGCAAAAACAAAACCUGUUCUGUUGCUCCUCCGUCCCCCUCCUGGGGUCCCCCCGCUGCUGUUCCUUCAGAGAGAGAAGGGGACUGGGAGGAAACACCUUCCCCAGCCACACCCAGGAAGGGAAAGGCUGGAGCCAAAUCCACUUCUGCAGUUCAGAACCGCCCCCUCCCCGUGCAUGCAGGGGAGGAGAUGCCCGUGGGGCUGGGCUGGGCUCUCCUGGCCGAGCCACCACUGCUUUUCCAAAGGAUCCAGCUGCUCCCACCUCCUCCUGGCCGUAGCUUUCCGCUCCUUUCUGUGAUGUCGAUGGUAAUUAAGAAGCCUUAAAUUAGUGCUGACUGGCGUGAUGAUGAUGAUGAAGUCCAAGCUGUGUGCCAUCAUCCCCUCCCGAGGCAGCCUGGUACUAACCAGCCACAACACCCUCUAACAGUGCAAAGGUUGGGAGUUCCAUAUUUUUCCCCUCCCUCCCCCUUUUAUUCUUUUUUCUUUAACAGGAAUUCGUAUUUGGUGUGGCUUUAACUGUAUUUCGGAAGGUCAUCAGACUAACUGUCAGACUGCUUCCCUGAAACAUUUU